AUGCACGCGCUGAGAAUACAAAACCACGAAAUUAAGAUUUUGGUGGGAUUGACUGUGCUGGCGUUUAUAGUAAGGUGCUAUAGACUCGGUAGUCCUCCGUCUGUCGUAUUCGAUGAGGUCCAUUUCGGUGGCCAGGUUUCCAAAUACAUUAAGCAGCGAUUCUUCAUGGAUGUUCAUCCGCCACUCGCUAAGCUUCUCCUCACUGCAGCCGCUGCGUUGUUUGGUUUCACCGGCAAUUUCACCUUUGAGCGGAUAGGUGAGGAUUAUCUGGCGCAUGAUGUCCCUUACGUCGCCAUGAGAGCCGCUCCCGCGGUUCUGGGUACUGCGUUGACCCCACUCACCUAUCGUAUCUGUCGAUCACUCCACCUCAGACCGCUGUCUGCAGUUCUUGGGAGUAUUUUGAUCACUUUCGAUACCGCACUCACCACGCAAUCACGCCUUAUUCUACUAGACUCUCCUCUCCUCUUCUUUACUGCCCUUUCCACUCUCUCUUUUAUCAGAUUCCACAACCAAAACAAGGUAAAAGCCGCGCACUUCACCCAGGAGUGGUGGAUGUGGCUCAUCCUCACUGGUCUCUCUUUGGGUGCGGUUGUGAGUGUGAAGUGGGUUGGUCUCUUCACCGUUGCGACCAUUGGCGUCGGUACGUUGUGGGAGUUGUGGGAGUUGCUUGGAGAUUUACAGAUCCCACCGCGACUACUAUUCAAGCACUUUACCACGCGAGCACUCUGUCUCAUUGUCCUGCCCAUACUCUUCUACCUAUGGAUGUUCGCCAUCCACUUAUCCAUCCUGAAUAGGUCUGGGGGUGGGGACACGUUCAUGAGUCCCGCAUUCCAGCAGUCACUGCGUGGCAACAGGAUGCAAGACACGUACGCGCCCGUUGGAAUGGGGUCUGAAGUGACCAUCCGCCAUGUGCACUCACCAGGCGGAUAUCUGCACUCGCACAAACACGACUACCCCACCGGCUCAUUCCAGCAGCAAAUAACACUCUAUCCGUAUUCCGACGACAACAAUAUCUGGCAGAUUGUAGAACGCAGUCAUAACAACGGCGAGGCUGAUACACAUGACUACCAUAGUGAGACAUUUUCACAGAUACACGACGGAGCCGUUGUCCGCUUUUUGCAUCUCCUCACUGGCAAACGCCUCCACUCUCACGAUCACAAGCCCCCGGUCAGCGAGGCGGAAUUCCAGAGCGAGGUGUCGGGAUAUGGUUUCGACGACUUUAACGGAGACGCUAAUGAUAAUUUCAAAAUAGAGAUCGUGGACGGCGACGCAUAUGACAGCGCAUCGCAUAAGCAACUCAAGGCUAUCAGGACACAUUUCCGGUUGCGACAUGUGCUCAGUGGUUGCUAUCUCUUCUCACAUCGCGAGAAGCUGCCUGAAUGGGGGUACGGGCAGCAGGAGGUGACGUGCAACAAGCAGUCGCCAAUGGAGAACAGUGUGUGGUACAUCGAGAGCAACACGCACGGCCAGCUGGAGGAGAAGGAGAAGGAGAGAGGUGGUGUGGAGAUGGUCAACUACCGACCAAUGGGAUUCCUCGCCAAGUUUAUUGAGCUGCAGCGGGUAAUGUGGGCGGUAAACAAUGGGCUAACGGAGCGACACGCGUACGACAGUCGGCCGAUAUCAUGGCCGUUGUUCACUCGUGGCAUAAACUACUGGACCAAGGACCACAAGCAGGUGUACCUGGUAGGGAACCCGGUAGUGUGGUGGCUCGGUGCGGGGAGUGUGGCGGUGAGUGUGUUGGCGCUGGCAGGUCUUGCAGUAAGUGUUAAGCGGGGGGUAGUGUCAGUGUCAGGUAAUGCACACACCCACACACUCCACUACACUCUCAUCACCGCCUUUGUAGUGAGCGGGUGGGCACUCCACUACCUCCCCUUCUUCCUACUCGCCAGGCAGCUCUUCGUCCACCACUACCUCCCCGCCCUCUUCUUCUCGGUGCUGCUAACGGCGGUGGUGUUCGACAUGGCUAGCGGGUGUCUGCGCCCACGCAUACGCUUGCAGAUCGCCGCCGUGACUGCGCUUGUGGCGGUGAUUGUCUUCUUCAGGUACAGCGCACUCGUGUAUGCGCUCGAGUGGACACAAGGCGAAUGCGACAGCGCGCGGUGGCUGAGCAGGUGGGACUUUGCUUGCGGGGAGUUUCCACCGCAGUACGCGGACUACAAGGCCUUCUACGACGCCGUACACGACCACACCCUCCAGCCGGCGCACGACGUCGCCGCGCAGCUGCAGUCCAAGGCGAGCGCGCGGGUGGCCGGCUAA